UUUCUAGAGAAACAAAAACCCUUGUCAAAUCAAAAGAUACAUAUCUUUCAUUAUACAAUUACUAGCAUGACUUAGCCUUACUUUAUCAGCCCUAAUGGUGGAUUAGUCAUUGUUACCUUUUCUUGUGCUAACCUACAAACCAUUUCCGUUUUGAAAAUCUAGAUUUAAAAUAACCAAUAAAAACUGAAUUUCUCUUAGAUGUACACUUCUACAGAUACACUAAUGCAUAGAUGGGAGAUAUACAUGUUAUUCUAGAGCCCACUAUAUUGCACUUGACUACUUAAAGCUAUAUCAAGAUUUAAUCUAUCACUGUGGGAUAAGAGUACCAUGGACUCCCCCAUAUACCCCAAUAUCUGCCCCAUAUACAUAUAAGUUUUUGAAAAACUGUAAGGUUUGCUCAGUAUUUUGAUAAUUUUUAAUCUGAUUAUAGUGACUGGCUACCUUUCAGAUGUUAAAACUUUUAUUUAUUUAUCUGGGCCAACAAAUGAGAGUUAGAAAGGUUCAAGGACUUAUAAAUCUGAAGACUAGCAAUAUCUGGAGAAUCACAACUUCAUUCCUAUAUGAGAUAUGUGUGUUUGCCAGAUUUAAUUGUACCACAUAAAGUGUGAAAUUGGAGAUCCUUUUUUGGGAGGGGGGACUCUGCAGACUAUAUGCUGUGUACACUACUGGGAAAAAUCAUCAUCCUGUACUAGUUGGAAGCAAUAGCAAUAGCACUUUGACUUAUUAUUUUGCCCGUUAACGCUUUACCACACUCUCUGGGAAGUUUACAAUGUCAGCAUAUUGCCCCCAACAAUCUGGGUCAUUUUUCUGACCUCAGAAGAAUGAAAUGUUGAGUUAACCUUGAGCCCAUUAAGGUCAAACUCCAGGCUCUGGGCAGAAUUUGCCUGCAAUACUGCAUUAUAACCACUGUGCCAUCGGGGCUUCUUAGCAUCUGAAGGCUUAUAGUAUUCUCACUUCCACAAACAUAUCAUUCAAAUAUCAUUUUUUCUAUAGAAACCUCUAUUAUAACAAAUAACAUCACUGAGUCACAGCCAUUCAUUCUCAUCACUUACGCAAAUCUAUUCUUAUUUGAAGUAUAAUGGAGAAGUGAAAUAUUGGCCUCUGCUUUAGGAAUUAAAUGUAUGGGCUAGGCUCAUACUGUAUCUAUUUCAGGAAGUUGAUUAUGUUAACUAAUACAUGUAAGACUCUAAUUGCAAAAAGCUAAAAAAAUUGAUUCAACAGUUGGGCACAGGAGGGACAAGGCAAUAGCAAAUCUUCACAUCACUGCUAUACACAUUCAUCAAAGAAAACAUACUGGAGAUGUCAUUGUGGUCACUGGCUGUCAAAUGAUUCCUCAAGGCAGAAUCAGGUGCCUAAAACUUGCCUGGAAGGUAGCUUGAAAAGACCCAAAGGCCAGGCUUAUAUAUCUCAGAUGCAAAAAUCCAAAAGACCACUAGAUGGGAGAAAAGAACUUUUGCCAGAAGACAGCCUUUUCGGUCCUCUGGAUUUCUGCAGCCCAGAUUCAGGAUGCCUAUCACGUUAUGGGCAAACAUCCUUCCACAAGAUUUAUUGAUCAGGUAUGAUAAAGUCACUGUCUCCUUACAAGUAUGUAGAUAGAUUUUCUCCAUGAUGAUCUGUCCCUAACUUGUCCAACUCUUCCAAUGGUGCAUCCAUCGCCAUUGUAAUGAAAUCCAGCUAGUUUCUUCUUUCCUUCUGUCUACAACAGAGCCACCAAACCUCCAAUAUAAACGGCAAGGUGAAGUUUUUUUGCAAAUGCUUAAAAGACAUACAAGUGAGAGGGUUGUACAUAAAAAUGGUAGGCCACGCUUUUCUUCAAAAGCAAUCUUUUAAAUGGACACAAAAUGAAUCCUGUUUUGCAGCUUGGUGACUGCUCUCCUACUAAUACUGUGCUUGCCUACAAUCAAUCCAACCAGAUAAGAAACAACAGAUGCUGUUAUUCCUCCAUUUGAAGCACUCCAGUGACCCAAUUUCCCAGAAUUCUCCGUCAGCCUGGCCAUUGGGAACAGUGCAAUUCCCAAUCCUAAUUCUUUUCGGGGGCGCCAGGUUCUCAAAACGCCUCAUGAGUCUCAGCGCAGCUUGAUGCCCAGUAGGCGCAUGACAAGUUGCUGCCGAGGAGGGAGGCGUUAACAGAGACCCUGGUUGGGCUGGGCCCAAAACAGGGUAGGAGUUCCUUUAGCUCCCGGAUGAGGCCGAGCGGGGUGGCCGGAAGAAGGAAAGCAGAAGGUAGGAUCGAAGAACGAUGAGGAAAACAGGUGGGCUAUUCGGAGUUUCUCCCACCCUUUCUACAUCCCCAGGACUGAACAAUCAUUCCAUUUUUCUCACCUCUUCAAGGAGCAUCAUAGAGAAGUAGACCUGUCUAACCUCUGCAAAGAGCCAUUCAGAAAAGGCCCUUGGAAGAUAAAAAUUAGGAACCUAGUGAAUAAUGUAAUCUAGAACUUGAACUCCUAGUACUAUAUAUUGAGUAAUGAUUAUACUGGCUGAAGAAUUAUGGAACUGAAAUCCACACAUCUGGAGGAUUAACAGAUUGGGAAGAGAGCGAGUUCAUAACCAAAUACUGUAUGUAAAGCUCUCUGACCACCUGAAAGCACUGCAUGGACACUAAGCAUUAUUUUUAAACAUUGUAAGAAGAGUCAAGCACCAAGAGAUUGAUGUUUCUCAGAGAAAAAAGGGAAAUAGAUUGAGCUAUGUCUAUUUUCUGCAAAAUCUUACUGAAACCAGAGGUUGAGGAAUAUCUCAGGGCUACAUUUCAAAAUGCUGAGAUUACAACAUCUAUUGGUCCACUGAAAGCAGAACAGAAAUAUGAAUCCUUGUUAAAUAACCUAGCACAUCCACCAGCUUUUACUAGCGUUCGAGUAAACACACAUUUGGCUUCUGUAGAAUAUGUAAGACAUCUGUUGUCCAAUGAGAUCCAAAAGCAAUAUGAAAGUCUUAGUGUUCCAGUUCUACAACAUCCAGAACUUCCUGACAUCUUACUUAUUCCUGUUAUUGGACCCAGAAAGGAUAUGCAAAGAUUGUCAAAUGAAGUUAUUGUUGAUGCACAGUGUGGAAGUGCGGUGCUUCGUGGAGCACAUGUUUAUGCUCCUGGGAUUAUAUCUGCUUCAAAAUCCAUGAAACCUGGCAGUGUGGUUUCUGUGUACUCUGAUAUUGAAGGGAAAUGCAAAAGAGGAGCCAAAGAGUUUUCCGGGAAUAAAGUUUUCAUUGGAAAUGGGAUUUCAGAACUGAGCCGCAAUGAAAUAUUUACUUCUAAUAGCCCAUUGAAAGGGCUGGGAAUAAAAAUGACUGAACCAAUUUACCAUAGUCCCUCAUUUGACAAUAUGUUAUCCAGUUACAUAUUUUUACAGAAUUUGCCUUCAUCAAUUGUGAGUUAUGUUUUAAAUCCUCAAUCUGGACAGAGAGUCUUGGACAUAUGUGCUGCUCCUGGGGGCAAAACUACCCACCUUGCAACAUUAAUGCAUGAUGAGGGGGAAGUAAUAGCGCUGGACAAGAUAGCAGACAGAGUAAAAAAGAUUGAACAAAAUGCUGCAUUGUUAAAUUUGAAUUGUAUUAAAGCUUUUUGUUAUGAUGGUACUAAAGCGCUUACUGAUAGCAAAUUAGAGGAUGGACAAGAAGGACCUCCAUUCUUACCCGAGUCAUUUGACAGGAUACUUCUUGAUGCUCCAUGCAGUGGAAUGGGACAGAGGCCAAAUUUGGCUUAUUCGUGGUCUUUAAAAGAAAUAACUUCUUACCAACCUUUGCAGCGCAAGCUUUUUAGAGUGGCAGUGCAACUGCUAAAGCCAGGGGGCAUCCUUGUAUAUAGUACUUGCACAAUUACCCUUUCUGAGAACGAGGAGCAAGUGGCCUGGGCACUAGAAACUUUUCCCUGCCUCCAGCUGGAGUCACAGGAGCCCCAUGUUGGAGGAGAAGGCAUGAUGGGAGCUGGACUGUCACCUGAGCAGCUGAAAUUGCUACAGAGAUUUGAUCCAUCUGAAAUUAUUUUGCAGGGAAUGGACUAUAAUUCUUUGCAAAAUGUCAACUAUGAAGAUUUGAUACAUCUAGCAAACAAAGACUGUAUAGGGUUUUUUAUUGCAAAAUUUAUAAAAGUGUGGUGAAAAUUGCUUUAGACACCAAUGUAAAUAAAUUUAUGCUUUCCUUUUAGUGUUCCAAACUGUGUUUCGUUCUGCAGCUAUGUUGCCAAGCCAACAGACUGACGACAUAGUUGCUAUAGCAGCAGUAAAAUUUGCCAGCUGUUUCUCCUGGGAGGAAAUCCUCAGGUUGGAGAAACAAGUCUAAGAAAAUGGACCAUUGCAAUUUGGAAACUUUCAAGUUUCAUUUGGUUUUACAUUAACAACAGGUCACUAAUUAUGGAAACUUGUUUGCUCAGUUUGCCCAUAUGGUUUUGUUUACAAUCUCACACAGUAGGAAUCCUACUUUCGAACUAUACUAUAUACUGAGUUCAAAAUAAAAUUUGAAUGGAUUUUAAUACACUUCAUAACAUCUUACAGAUUGCUUUUGAAAAAAUAUUUUAUGGCAUUAAAAGCUUUAUUUAAUCAGAAUUGGUAUUAAAUGAG